AAAAAUUAUUGGAAAUCAACAAGUACAUACAUACACAGUAGCUUCAAAAGCUCCACACAUAUUCCUCAUCACUUACCCUUUUCAUUCUUUCGCUCGUUAACUAAUUACUCUCAACUACAUAAACACUGCAACAGUGUAUAUUUUCAACCGGACAGAUGUCCAAUUGAGGCCGAAUGGAUAGACGAACGUAUGAAUCGCCCAUGGACUGGGAAUAUCAGAAUCAUGGCCCCAUGGAUCCAUCAAGCCCAUUUGCGCAGUCUACGAAACAGAUGCAAGCGAAGAACAUCUUUGGUUCGAAUAUCAACGGCAGUAAUAACAACAACAACUCCUUCAGCCAUAAUCCAUUCCAGCGCACGCAGAGCAGCACACCUUCCCCGUCUAAACCUCUACCUCCCACGCCGCCAAACCAAUCGUCUAUCUUCACUGGCUCGUCAUUUCAGAGAGCAACUACGGCCACGCCAUUCCGCAAUCCCGCCUUUACAACACCGAGCAAACCUUUCGAUGUAGAUGCGCUAUCAGAGUUUGAAUCUAGUCCGGCCGGUACCGACGUCUCGGACUUCCCAGACACCCCUGACAACGACAAUUCAUACGACAUUUCACGAAUGACUGUAACACCGUCCACAGUAGGCAGGCAUAGAUCCAAGAAGACGCCCGGGAAAGGAGAGCUGGCCAAGACCAUGUUCUCGUCGCGAGACAAGGUGCGUAAGAGGAAGCGAUACAAUGCCGACAAAGACGUUAGCGGUUAUCGUCUACCAUAUCGCCGGGAGUUUGAAUUUGACGAAUCGGAUUACGAGUCUGACGAGAGCACCUUCCAGCCGGGGAAGCCCCGUAAAGAUGGGACGAAGCGCAACCAGGAAGGCUGGCUCGGAUCGUUCCUAGCCACAGUCCAGCGACAUCCAUACGCCCCUAGUAUUCUAGGUUAUUGGGUGACUUUCGCAUUCAACCUCGUCUGCGUAACGGGCGCCUGUUGGAUCGGUUGGACUAUCAUCGGCGGUUUGCGCCAAGAUUUUUCUACCGUGAGACAAUCAGCAAGAGCCGAUAUACUGGCCGAAAUCGAUGGAUGUAGAUCCCAAUACUUAGAAAACAAGUGCCAUCCAAUAGAGAAGCGAUUGCCAGCAGUUUACCAAUUUUGCGAGGACUGGCUAGUUUGCAUGAACCAGAAUCCGGAUUACGUAAAGCAAGUCUCGAACGGCGCGAAAGAGAUGGCCAGCAUCCUAAACGGUAUCGUUGACACUAUGUCUUACAAGACUAUUAGCUUGCUUAUCCUUUUAUUCACCAUCUUCAUAUUCAGCGGAAGAUCGUUGUACAAGAGUACAAAUGCUUUCACGGAUCUUCAGCCACAUCCAGCAGCACCUUUCCCUUCUCAUCAUCCAGGAGACCAGCACAGCAUAAGGCCUUCCUCGCGACAAGUAUAUUGGCAAGCAAUACCUCAAACCCCGCGUCGCUCGAACAGUCGGCACCUGCUAGCCAACGACGAUACCCCUGAUACGGAUGAAAUGCCUAGGUUCCAGGCUCUCCCACCUUUGGAAACGCCGAUGUCGCGACGAAGUCCGUCUAAGGGUGAGAGAGGUCGAAGUCCCACCAAGAGUAGGAGCCCUACCAAGAGGUAUUAAGUCCAAACGCAAGAUGGGAUGUACAAUAUUCAUGUAAAGAGCGAAUACUUUCCCUGCUCUCAUUAACGAUCUUGCAUUGGCAGGCAGGCUUGGGUUGAACGUGUCGACAGGAGCUAGCAUACGGCAGGCGAGGGUGACUUGCAGAUUAAUGAGUUCAUAGGCAUUGGGUAUAGCGAAUAAUCAGAUUCCGCUAAUUACCAAGCAUUCCGAGGACCAACUCUGGUCCUGCCUGAUAUCUAUUUCUAGCAUCUACGGUAUUCUAGAAAUCAUUGCAAUUCGCAUGUCCCUAACAAUGGAAGUUUUACUUGAACUACCUAGUACGUACUGUUG